AUGCUUCUUUAUAUUAUUUCAUUUUUGUUUAUUCAUAAUGGCGUUUUUUUACUAGAAACAAAUAAAAAUAAUAAAUACAAUUUUAUAAAUAGUGUUAAAAAUAUUCCAUACACCUAUAAAAUUAGAGCCGCUGUCAAAUUUGGAGGUAAAAUAAUAGGACAUGGUCAUUCUUAUCCUUCUAAUGAAAUUAAAAAUGAUGAAUUAAAAAAAUAUGUUGAGACAAGUGAUGAUUGGAUAAGAACUAGAACAGGAAUUAAAAAAAGAAGAAUACUAAAAAGAAAUGAAAAUUUAUCAAUGCUACAAAUAGAAUCCGCUAAUCAAGCCUUAAAAAGUUGUUCACUAAAUCCAUUAGAUAUAGAUAUGAUAAUCAAUGCUUCUUCUACUCCUCAAAAUUUAUUUGGAGAUGCAAAUAAUAUUAGUAACAAAAUAGGGUGUAAAAAUAGUGUUAAUAUGGAUCUGACAGCUGCAUGUACAGGAUUUGUUUUUGCUUUUGUUACAGCAUAUAACUUUUUACCUAGAUAUAAAAACAUUUUGGUUAUUGGAAGUGAUGCAUUAAGCAAUUUUGUUGAUUGGAGAGAUCGUAAUACUUGUGUUUUGUUUGGUGACGCUUCAGGUGCUGUUGUUUUACAAAGAACUGAAGAUAAUGAAGAAAAUAAAAUUUAUAAUUAUUACAUAGGUUCUAAUAGUGAAUUAAAUGAUUUAUUGACCAUCAAUUUUGAAAAUAACUCAUAUAAUUUAGACAACCCUAAUGUAAAUAAAUACGGAAAAUUGAAUAUGGAUGGAAAAGAAGUUUUUAAAUAUACCAUUAACAAUCUACCAAACAUUUUACAAAAAGCAAUAUAUGAUUCAAAUAUUAAUAUUGAAGAUAUAGAUUACUUUGUAUUUCAUCAAGCCAAUAUAAGAAUUAUACAAACAGUUGCCAAAAAAUUAGAUAUACCUAUGUCAAAAGUUUUAGUAAAUCUAGAAGAACAUGCAAAUACUUCUGCAGCCUCAAUUCCAUUAUGUUUCUCAGAAAAUAUACAAAAUGGUAAAAUAAAAAAAAAUGAUAUAAUAUGUAUGUGUGGUUUUGGAGCUGGAAUGUCAUAUGGAUGUAUUAUAUUUAAAUAUUAA